CUGAUAUAAAUGAAUAUGAAGAAGACUUAAAUGAUGAUGAUAAUAAUAAUUUAGAAGAAGGCUCGGAUAAUUUAAAUAAUAGAUUUGAAGAUUUAUUUGAAAUAGAUGAUUCUGAAGAUAGUAAUGAAAGCUCUAAUAGUAAUUUUGAUAAUGAUUCCAAUAAUAACUCUGAUAGUAAUUUUGAAAAUGAUUUUGAUUACAAUUCUGAUGAUAAUGCUGAUAGUAAUUUUGAAAAUGAUUUUAAUGAAAAAUUAGAUAAUGAUUUAGAUAUUAGUUUGGAUAGUAUUUUAAUAGAUAAUUCAGAAAAUGAAGAAAUUUUUGAAAGAAGCAAUAAUGAAGAACUUGAAAAAAAUAAUACUGAAUAUUUUGCAAAAAGUAAUAUAAAGGAUUUUGAAGAAGAAAAUUUUGAAACCAAUAAUGAAGAUAGUUUUAUGGAUGAAAUUUCAGAAGCUGAUGAAUUUAUGGAAGAUUUUUUUAACAAAAAAACUAACAAUUAA